GUAUGGAUACUGAUCUUGAAAAAGGGCAUGGAUUAAGCCCUCCAGCUUCUGCGGGAAAGCACAAAGAAAUAGAAGCAGCUCCCGAUGAUAGUAAAAUAAUAGAUCACCCUGGCAAUGAAAAAGAAGAAAUUCCAAUACCCAGGGAUGGGACCUUGGUGUCCAUAUACAAAGUUCCUGCCAGCCUUGCCGGACUCAGUUCCAAAGCCAUUGAGCCAGAAAUGGUCUUCAUGGGGCCAUGCCACGGCGACAAGAGAACGUCGUCGGAAUUUGAGAGCUACAAGCGUUGGUAUCUUAGUGCACUCCUUACUCGAUCAAACCGUCUUCAAACAGAGUACUCCGAAGCCAUGAGAAGGUUGGAGGGAAAUACAAGAAGUUGCUACUCUGAGGAUCAUCGUGAGUUCAUCUCCAAGUUGAAGGGAGAGGAAUUUGUAGAGAUGAUGAUGCUUGAUGGGUGCUUUAUCAUUGAGCUUUUUCAUCGUAUGAAUAUGGAAGAUCUCACGGACGAAAACGAUCCCAUCUUAAGCAGGCCAUGGUUGAUUCCAAUUGUCACCAGGGACCUCCUCAAGCUUGAAAAUCAGAUCCCUUUCUCUGUCCUCCAAGAAUUACACAACAUCUCCACGAAUCAACGUCAAGAAGGCUACUCUCUAGUCCUUCUUGCGCUGAAUUUGUUCAAUAAUUCGUUGCAUCGGCCUAUUGAAGUCCUUAAAAAGUCACAACCGUCAGAGGACCCCAAGCACUUGCUUGACUUGUUUUACUCUAGCCUUAUUCCGCAAAAUCCAAUUACUGAUCCAAGUGCGUUAGCGUGCAAGAGCUUGCUUCACUUCUGCUUCCGUUCCCCAAAACAAAGUACAAAUCCAAGUGCACAAAGUAUUGAUCCAAGCGAGUCAGAAGGCAAGCGCUUCUGCUUCCGUCCCCAAAAACAAAGUACAGUUCCGAAUGGUCCAUCGACCCGAAAAAACAAAAAAAAAUAUCCAAAUGACCCUUCUCAAAAGUACUGUCCAUCCUCCGAGUCAAUCCAGUGUACCGUACAACUAAGAUCCUCCGGUAUAAAGUUCAAGCCACAAAGAGCGGACAGCUUCUUGGAGAUCAAUUUCCAAGGUAGCGUUAUUAGCAGGUGUAAGGAACUACAAAUCCCACCUAUAACAAUCAACGAUUUCACCACUACCCUCUUCAUCAACUGCAUGGCCUUGGAACAAUGCCGCCAAAACAGUCACACGUGGUUCACCACCUAUAUUGCUUUCAUGAGCAGUCUCAUCACAUCACCUAGAGACGUCACAUUCCUUUGUUCUGAUGGGAUCGUCACUACUGGCUUCUCAUACAACGACCAAAAAGUGGCAGAGCUGUUCAAAAAGUUGGGGGAAAAAGCUGGCUUCAACAUAAGAGAAUGCUACCUCUCCAAGCAAUUCACAGAUGUGGAAGCAUAUUACAGCAGCUGUCGGGCUACUUUCAUCCGAAAUUAUUUUAGCAGGCCAUGGUCCUUCAUCUCAGUUCUCUACGCCGUCUUCCUUUUUGUUUUAACUCUGGGCCAAACUGUUUUCUCUAUCUUGAGCUACAUAAACGACCGCAGUUAGAAUUGCACGAAUGCAUGUGGGUAAAGCCCCUCGCUUUGUUCUUGUCUUUGGAUUUCGCUGGGAACCUUGUGAGUGUGUUUGAUACGGCCUAGGGCCUUUUGUUAUUUGCGUGUUGUGAUGGUAUAUGUGACUCUUUUCCUUUUGAUACUUAUUGAGUUGUUAAUAUGUACCUAUUAAGGUCCGUUUAAUUUCGGAUCACCAGAAUUAUAGAGGUGAGAUUGGUAGUGGUGAUGAUGAUAUAAAGUGAAAUCAAACUAAAUAAAUCUUAACGAGUACCCAUUAAUAAUUCAAUUAGCUG